UUUAAAUUUCGGUACUGGCGGUUUGAAACUGUCAGGGUUUCUUUUUGCAAAGGGGAGAAGCAUCUUAAUGCAGAAUGUCAUCAUCUGAGGAGAGAAGCACAAGUCCUGUUUUGCCAAAAGACUCUGACAGAGGCAGUUCCGUCUCCUCAGAUCUUCAGGAUGAAUAUGAAGAGCUGCUUCGUUAUGCUGUAGUGACACCAAAGUUUGAACCAAGUGUAUUACGGCAGUCUGAUCAUGUAGAAGUUUGCCAGAAGACUACAGGGAAAAGUCCAGUAAUGGAUGAACACAGGCAAAGAACUGUAGCAACAGGCCAGAGGAAGUCUGGAAGGAGUUCUGAUUUUGCAACAUCUACUCGGACAACAAGGAUAGAAGUUUCAACAUCUGUAAAGGAGCCAGCUCGAGGGGGCAUGGAGGGACUUUGCCCAGUCCAUUCAGAAGAGACUUCUUCUGAAGAGUCGUCCAGUCAGAGAGAGAUCCAAGAGUCGAACGUGACAGAUUUAUGCCUUUCUGAUGAAAGAGUGACCCAGAUAGAGAGCAUACUUGAUCUCUGGAGUGGGAGCCUGAAGACAAAUGUUCUGACUGAACUGCGAAAAUGGAAGCUUCACUUUAUUGAACAUCACAGGCUAGAAAUGAGUCAGGAGAGAGAGAAACAUGCGGCACACGUGAGGCGACUGACAAAUCAGCUGGAGAACCUGAAGGAACUGCUCCAUACGUAUGAAAUUUCAAUAGGGAGAAAGGAUGAGGUCAUUGCCAGUUUGACACAUGCAAUUGAGAAACAAAAGGACAGGAUAGAAUUAAUGAAGAAAUUCACCAAGUGGCGCCUUCAGCAUUUCAUGGGUAAACAAGAGGCCAGACAGGAGGUAUACACAGAUAUACUAGCUAAUCGGCUGUAUGAAAUAGGUUUGUUGAAGAAAGCCUGGGGAAUUUGGCGCUCUGCUAGCAGUACAAAAUGGAAAGAGACUAUGGAAAGGGCUUGUCAGUCAAGUGCCGAAUCUGUACGUGUUGAGCUAGCCAGUGACUAUGAAGCCAAAAUUCAAGAGCUAAAUGAUGCAUUGGAGGAGGCAAGAAGUAAGAUCCUAGAAAUGCAGAACAAAAGGCAGGAUUAUGAAGAUGCCAUGAAGAAGGCCUUCAUGCGUGGUGUCUGCGCACUGAACCUAGAAGCAAUGACCAUAUUUCAGGGCAAAGAAAUCAAAUUGGACCAUGUGUUCGAUUUCUCAAAUAAGAAUGCAGAGCCUGGUGCUGGGGCUUCAGCAGCAGCAAAACUCCCUCCAUCGCAAUUUGAUCGUCCUUUACCACCUCCACCGCCGCCACCCUCCUCACCGCCGCCGCCACCUCCUCCAACAGCAUGUCCCCCCUCUGUUCCUGCUGAGGAUCUGUUUUCUUCCCAUCAGAGCCAUGCAGUUACUUCUCAGACCAGAUUAGACUCGGCCGGUGCAUUAAUAGCCCCUGGUGUUGCAGGAUCAGGCAUUGCAACAGUUUCAAAGCUGCCUUUGACAAGGGUUGUGACGUCAGCGCAACAGAAGGCUGGAAGGACGAUCACUGCUAGAAUUACUGGCAGAUCUGAUUUUGGACCAAAGAAUCGAUUUGGUAAUAACUUAGCUGUAUUUGGCGUCUCUCCUCCCAUGAACUCUGUUGUUGUAGAAAAACAUCACCCAGUAACUCAACAAACUGUAUCUCAAGCAACUGCUGCUAAGUAUCCACGAACUUUGCACCAUUUCCCCAGUGCUGCCAGCACAAGGCCUCCAGGACACAGUGGGAAAACUCCUCCGCAGCCCCACAGCAUCAUCCAGUCCAUAAAGGUUGUUGACUAGAUUGACAGGUAGAAAUGCUUAUAUUUUACCUUAAGCAGGUAAAGAAGAUUUUCUGAGUUGCAGUUUAAAGUGCUCCCUAAUGUUUCCAAAUUGACACGGCCAUGUCCUAAGGAUGUAUCAUGUUUUUUUUCCUUUCACAAAUAUGAUCCAUGUAAAAAUGUUUUGAGACAUAAGAAUAAGCCCUCUGAGUUUGUGUGAGGUAGUUCUAUGUGACAACAAAUAAGGUCUAUUUAAAAUUAUUAUUUUCUUAACCUAUUUUAGUUAAUGUAUGUGCUUAUCAAAGGAAUCACCUGAAUGUUUUUAAUAAAAGUAUGAACUUUUU